AUGCCCGCUCAAUCUACGCUCUCGAACGAGGAGAAGACCAAGGUGAAGGCCGCGGUCAACGCGCCCGCCAACAAGAUCUUCACCGCCGCGCUCGCUCGCAUAUACUAUGCCUACCCCAAGCCGGACGAAUGGUCUUACACGGGCCUGCAGGGGGCUAUCGCGUUCGUCAGGGAUACCCAGGGUGUCCUGAACCUCAAGCUGGUGGACCUGGCGGGGACGCGGGGCAUCAUCUGGGAGCAUGAGCUGUAUGAGGGUUUCGAGUACUACUCGGACCGCCCCUAUUUCCACUCGUUUUCUGGUGAUGAUUGCAUGAUUGGCUUUGUCUUCGCUGACGAAGGCGAGGCGAAGGCUUUCCACAAGAAGGUGACCUCCAAGAAGGUUGGCAAUGGUAGCAAAGCAAAGUCUGGGUCUACGAAGAAGAAAGCUGCGAAGUCGAGCAAGGGUGGCAAGAUCGACAAGGCGAUGAUCUCAGGCCCAGCGGCGGGCUCCUUCAAGCAUGUCGCGCACAUGGGAUACGACGCAGACACAGGAUUCACCUCAACGAAUGUCGACCCAUCGUGGGAGGCGUUCUUGGGCAACCUAGAGGGCCAGGGCGUAUCGCGCGAGGUUCUCAUGCAAAACAUGGACUUCAUCAAGGACUUCGUGAGAGACGCGCAGAAGGCUGAGGCGAAACCGGCUGCAGGAGCAAACUCUGGCGUGAAGAAGAAGCCGCCACCUCCGCCGGUGCGCCCUCGC